UAGUGUGAUUGAACAUAUAGCUCCCCGACCCGUGUAAACAAUGCAUGAAGAACUCCCGUCAAGUUUCAUAGGACUUCUGGCCACCUGAACAAUUCAAGAUGGAAUUGUUCAAUUACAUUGUAGAUUUUCUUUUCGAAUGGAAUCUUUGUAUACUGAUGUUCGCUUUCUAUACGUUGUUGGUCAGUGUUAGUGGAUUGGCCGUUCAUUUUGCGGGGCAAAUUCCAGUUCCCGACUUUUUUUUACAAGCCUACAAAUUUGGAAAAAUGGCACAUGAUGCUCGACCGUGGAAAAUAAUCUCGAUGAUGGAAGUACCAAAAAGGUGGUUUUUUCACUUUUACAUUGUUGCAUCUGUGGUUAUUACUAUGGCAGCUCUUCAGAUGUGGAGCAUUUAUGUUAUGGGAAACCCUCUAUCACACUGGACCAGUUUUAUUUUAGAUUUUCUUACUGUCCAGCACAGGAAAUCUUCAGUUAGUGUCACAGCCGCAGGAAUUAGUCUACUAUUGCUGAUGCUUCAUCUGUACAGAAGAUUGUAUGAAAGCCUGUGUGUGAGUGUAUUCAGCUCAAGCCAUAUGAAUAUUAUUCAUUACAUUUUUGGCCACACUCAUUACAUCGGAACUAUUGCUUUAAUGGUUUCAGAAGCUCCUGGUUUUGAUAACAGUCUUGAUAUUGUUGUUACUGCCUUACAAGUCCACCACGUAGUAGGUCUUGUUUUAUAUAUCAUUGGUUCUAGCAUGCAGCACCAGAGCUUUCGUAUAUUGGCUGGGCUACGGAAAAAUUCAAGGGAAGAUCUAAAACAUGAGCAUAAAAUGCCAGAAGGUGGUAUGUUUGAGUAUUUAUCUUGUCCUCACAUGUUUGCUGAACUACUAGUGUACACUGGAAUACUCAUUGUUCUGCAGGGUCAUACUGGCUGGCUAGUUGUCACCAUAUGGGUCAUCUCAAACCAGAUCCAGGUGGCAUUGAUGAAUCAUUCCUGGUACAUCAGCACUUUUAAAGAUUACCCCAAGCAUAGGAGAGCAAUUCUCCCAUUUGUACUUUAAAAUGGGCUUCCUCUGUGAUUGCAAUGUCAGCUGUGAUAUUGAUGUGGUACUGGGUAUUAAAUUGUUGGGUAUACUACUACCGAAUAUUUUCUUAAAAGGGUAUACAUCAUUUAUGUUCUGCUUUUUUUCUUACUAUAGUUCAAAAAUGUAGCACAAAUGGAUUCUUAAGUAGGUAACUUUGUUUCCUAAGAAAUGUAACUUGUAAAUUCUCAUUCCAUCCAUUCGUUUGGUUUUAAGAGACUUGUACAGUACUGUCUGUGUCUGUACCUAACUGUAAGAUAUGUGUAAUGCAACAUUUUGAUAAUAAAAGAACAUUUGCUAUAUAUGUGAUGGAAAAAAUUUGUACCAGUAAGCACCUGAGUGGAAGUCAAUCCAUGGUAUCAUGGAUGGUAGUGUGUCAUUAAAAAGAGUCAUUAAGCAGAGUGUGAAACUCAUCAAAAUGAAUUAAAUUGUGAAUUAUUAGCAUAAUGGAAUAGUCAGAUGCAAUUCUGAAUCUGGAUGUUCCAUAAGGUGAGACAUUUUUACCCUUUUGCUGUUUAAUACAGGUACAGCAUAGACAAAAUUAUGUAACUUCUUUUAAGCUUUCUCGUAUUUCUCUGGUACCGUCAAAUCUAAAUCAUCUUGAGGGCUUGCUUUAUACUGACAAAAAUUUCUACUGUACUAAAGGUUGUUCAUUGCCAGAGAAGAAAUGCAUUAUGGUAAUAAUAUAUUUUAUUGUAACUUUUCAGAGUACUGUUUCAGCUUAAUUCCAGUACAGUACACAAAUGCUGAUAUGUACUUUCAUUUAAUAGCACACUGGUAAAUCUGAACAAAAUAUUUUUAUGAAAAUUCAUACUGUUGCAAAGUUAAGGAUUUUAACAAAAGGUUUUAAUUUUUUGAGUAUGUAUUUUUGAGACUUAUCAUUCUUGAAACAUGAAACUUAGUUAGGUGCAUAUAUAUGAAAAUAGUUUGAAGUUUGUUGGAAUUGAUGACUGCAGAUUUUUGUUAUGUAUCAAAUUUCUUUAUAAUAAUUAAGCAAGCCACAAUGUAAAGUAUUUUGGAUUUCCAGAUACUUGAGUUAAUAGGAAAAUUGUAAUUUGGAAGUUUGAUCAGCAAGAGUUAAAAUAAUUCAUAUUUCUCCACUUUUUACAAAAAAAAUUGAAAGUAUAACUCUGUUCAACAUAGUUGUACAAUCAUAACCCUUACUUUUCUGGUAUUUUAAAGGAUAAAAGUACAUUCCAUAUUAUUGUUGCAGUUUGAGAAGCUUUGUGUGAAUUUAAUAUUAAACUUGUACAUUAGUAUAUGAUUUUGCAGCUAUAUAUACUACGUGCAAUGCUUUUCCCUAAUUUUAAGUUUAAGGAAGAUACUCAUUGUGUGUUCUGUCCUUAUUAUACUUUUGCACAUGAGGUGCUGCUAGAUUUCUGUGGCAUCUGUACUUAUAUUUAUUAUCAGGUAGUCUAUUUUGUUAUGUUUUAUCAUGCACAUCUUAAAGCACAUACAUAUAUUAUAAUAAGUUAUGUAUAAUUGACAGGUACACCAGUAUGAAAGUUCACUCUGUAAACAUCUGAAAACAUUCCAUAAACAUUAAUGUAUUGUUUAUUAAUGGAGUAAGGUACUAUAGAUUUAUGUAAAUUUGUAAUGGUUUUGUGAAGAAAGUUUUUUUUUCUAAUAAAUUACUAAAUGUAAAGCUGCUUAAGGCUUUUAGGAUUUGAUUUGAAGUACUCAUUAUUACAGAUUUCAGUAUGGUAUCUGGUGAGAGCCAACAUGUUAAUGUGCAGUACAGUGCUCCUCCACUUUUACUUGGUAUUAGUUUCCAGAACCUGCCGCGGAAAUGCAAAAAUCCCCUCUAAAAAUCCUUAUAAGUGUCUUAUAACUGCCAUAAACCAGUAAAAUUAUAGUUUACACCCGGUCUGCCUCUCCGGCUACACAAUAUUUUUCUUGCUUCUUUUGAUGGUUUUUGCAUGUUUCAUACUUUGAUUAUUUUCAGAAAUACUUAGUUUUCGACUUUGAUUGAAGUCAAAGGUCAUUGUUCUUCUUAGUAAUUUGUUGAUUUCUGUUUGUAUUAUCUUAGCAAAAAUAUAGUUUUCCAAUUGCCACUACCUCAACAUAACCCAACAAUGUGGGUGACACUACUUUUUUAAUGGUCAUUUUUUUAACAUUUUGGCUUUCAGUAAGGGCAUGUAGGAACAGCGCUACAUGCCUUAUCCGCAAGUUGAAAGAUUCUUGGCCAAGCACGUUAUGUUUCAACAAGAAGUGCUGUUACACUGUGGGCUCUAGCCACAGGGUUACAGAAAACAAGCGAUGUGAGGAAGGUAGUAACAGAAAAUGAGCAACAAAACAACAAGAAAACUAACAGUAAAAAUGUUUAUGCUGGCUGGAGGCUUCCGAAAAAGGACCUUUGACUUUAAUCAGAGUCGAAAACUAAGCACAGGCGGCCCGCGGUUAACGGUCCAAUCGCUCAACGGCGAAUCGGUUUUAUGGCUGUCAUCAAAAAUAUUCAUGAAAAAAAUAUUCAUGAAAAAAAUAAGACAUUUUAAGGUAUUUUUACAGCACAAUUUUCGGUCAACAGCGCCGCUGGCGCCGUUAUGUCUCACGAGUAUAUACAUUUGUAGAAAUACCGUUCAGCCCAUAAAGGUUAUGCAAAUGACAUUAAAAAAUUGUAUUGAGAGUUAUUACAUAGGUAUUAGGGUAAAAUAUAUGCCUCUGAUGCAGUUCUAUGCCAAAAAUAUAGUUAAUGAGUGCAAAUGUAGCUAUGGAUGUGUUUCUUUAUAUAUGUUCAUGCUUUUAUGUUUAAAAUGUGUAUGAAACUGUAUUACAUAUAGGUAUUUUUAUUUCUGCACAUAAAUAUGAUACAAAGGCAGCUUUUGAAACUGCCCUUCACGUUAUCAAAUAUGAUGUUUUUUCAUGUUCAUUCUUGUAAGCAGCUGCCUGCCGCUCUUCUGAAAAUAUAAAGUUAUAAAGAGUGAAAAUUUAGCGAUCGAUGUGUCGAUUUUAUAAAUGUUCAUGCUCUUAUGUUUAAAAUGUUUAUGAAAAUAUAUAUUACAUAUAAGGUUUUUUUUUUGUACAUAAAUAUGAUACAAAUUAAGGCAGCUUUUGUAACUACCCUCCACGUUGUCGGAGGAUGUUUUUCAUGUUCAUUCUUGUCCACCACUGUUCCAAAAAAUGCAUGGUGUUAUUUUAUUAAU